AGAAAUUAAACAUUUUUUUCGAUGUAAAAUAAUCAUUAUGCGCACACGUUACGAGGAAUACAAUAAGAAGAAAAAAUCUAAAGUAGAAUUAACACUGAUAUAAAGUGAAAAUCAUUGUCUCAUCACAGUAGUACUCACACUAUACGGUGGCGGAACCAGAGAAAACCAACCAGACCGAUUACUCUUGAGGAAACAAAAAUCUAAGAUGAGCCGCCAUCCUUCUGUCAAAUGGGCUCAGACGUCUGAUGUACUCUACUUAACAGUUGAGCUGCCUGAUGCUCAGGAUGUUAAGCUCAAACUGGAGCCAGAAGGAAAAUUUUACUUCUCUGCAACUGCUGGUGCAGAGAAAAUUCCUUAUGAGGUUGACAUUGAUCUGUUUGACAAGAUUGAUGUAAAUAAUAGCAAAGCUAGUGUUGGUUCAAGAAACAUCUGCUACUUGGUGAAAAAGGCUGAGAACAAGUGGUGGGACAGAUUGUUGAAGCAGGGAGGGAAAUCUCCUGUCUUUCUGAAAGUUGAUUGGGAUAAAUGGGUUGAUGAAGAUGAGGAGCAAGAUAAUAAACCUGCAGCAUCUGAUAUGGACUUUGGUGACAUUGAUUUUUCUAAGUUGGGCAUGGGAGGGGGUGAAGGAUUGGAUUCUGAUGCUGCAGGCAAUGACGAUGCUGAUGAGAGUGACACAGAAGAGGAGUUUGUAGCUGAAGCAUCUGCUAGUAAAGAACAAGAUACGAAAGAUGCUGUAAGCAGCGAUGCAAAGGAUGCACCUGAUACUAAAGCAUAAAAAAUUCGAGAAUGGUGAACGGUAACAUAGCUUUGACUAUGUAAGGGCAAGACAAGCAUUUCUGAAAGGUUGCUUACCAUAAAUCUUUGCAGGGUUAACUGAUGGUUCAGUGACCCUGGAUUUUUAACAAGCUAGACAUAUGUGUUGGCCAUACAUAAUACAAUUUGAGAAUGGAAGUGUUAUUAUGUCUUUGUUUCGCUUGGAAUGCAGGGGUCAAUGAGCUCUAUAGUUUUUCAGUGAAGUUACACUUCUCUGAUCGGUGAGAAAGUUCGUUUUAGAAAAGGCAAACUAGUUUGAGUUUUGAUCAAUGUUUUGAAAUUUGGGAUGGUCAUUUAACCAGUGUAGACGUUUUGAAUUAGUGACAAUUUAAGGUCCUGUUUGGGAUAAGCUUGUUCAUAAGCAUUUGUAAAAAAAAGGAAAAUAAUGUAGAAUGAAUUUAGCUUUUUCCUC